AGUCAGUUCAUUCUAUAAUAUUAUAAGCAGCCAUAAUUGCUUAUAAUUAAAAAUAAAAAUCAAUGACUGACGUGACUCUUCUUUCGUUCAUGUCAAAACUAAUUACUGUCAGUAAGCCGUUUAUUUGCGUUGUAAUCGACACAUGUAAUUACUUAAGCGGCAAUAUAGUUAGGAUCAGUGCAAACAAUAAAUACGGAAGUAAACUACUUCUAUGACCUGAUUGGUAUAGAGGUAAUCUAUUGAAGAACAUAUUAUUAUACAAAGCUAUUAACUCCACGUAAUUAUAUUCAUUGCAUUAUUUUUUAUUAAGUGGCACGAUUGAUGACAACAGUGGAGUAAAUUUUUAAAAUGAUUGCUCUUAACUGGAUUCAAUUAUUUUUUUAUUUUUUAUUCUUCAACGGUGUUGUUUUAGUACCGAAUAUGAACAUGAGUUUCGAAGAGAACCGAUUUUCCGUCUUGUCAGGAAUUUUGGUAAGGUAUAAAAAAUUUUGAAAUCUUUCUUCUAAUAACCAUUUCGUUUUAGAAACAUCUUAUGGACUGCAAUCAUGAUAAUAGAAGGGCCAUAAUCAAUUGUGACACUGAUAAAAAUCUGAUCAAGUCAUUUUCUGACUUAGAAUCAGCAGUUACUAUUGUUUUGAAUUGUAAUUUAUCAGCAGUCAAUCAACUUACUAUUACAAAACGGAGUUCGUUUAUUGCAGCAUUUGAUGGUUCUUUGCAUGAAAUCGACAGAAUUCUUCACAAGUUUAACCAAUCACCGUGGUGGAAUGUUAAUUCUAUAUUUUAUAUUCUAAGUGGAUCAAAAAAUGGUUGUAGUGAUGGAGAACAAGUUCUAAAGAUUGCUUGGAAAUUGAAUAUUCUAAAUUGUUACUUUGUAUGCUUUGAUUUUACGCGAAAGCCAUUUAUUUUUACUUUUAAUCCUUAUUCAAAAUAUGCGCCGGAUCCAUGGAAAAUUGUUCGAGAAAUCACAGAAAAAUAUGAUUAUAUGGCAAUAUACAAUCGACCUUUCACUAAAAGAAAUAUAUGCACGAGCUUGAGUUUCGAUCGGACUAAAUAUUUAGAUAAAGCAGUAUUAAAUGUAGCUCUCUGCCUACCUUCAUCAAAAUCUUACCUCCUACCGAACUUGAAUGAAGAGAACCACAAUUUAAUUUAUACGCACUUUGAAGGUGACAUGUUAAAACUGUUAAAAAAGGGACUUAAAAUUACCCUUAAAUACAAUUACGACGUGGAACCGAUUGAAGAUCCAUCGAAACCUCGUGGUGUGUUGAUCCGUUUAAUAAACAAAACAACUGACGUCGCUAUGUGUUUGGCCACUCACGAAAUCAUAUUUGAUCUUCUUCCUAGCCAUCAAAUUAUUUACACUGGUUAUACAAUUUUCUCGAAAAAUCGUGGACUUCGCAGCCCAUUGGAAAAAAUGUACGAUUUCUACGGACCAAUGAUGAUCACAGCUACAGUUAUCAUUUCAGCAAUCACCUAUUUUGUUAUUUGGUACAUCAAUAAAUUGCGAGGUCAUUGGUUCGCUAUUUUCGAGAUUUUCCGUCUCUGGACUUCGACAUCACUUUACUCAAAAAUUGAUUCUCUGGCUCUUCGAAUUUUUUUUGGAGUAAUAUUUAUCUAUUUUUUGAUACUUCAGGCAACUUUUAGCGGACAUUUGUCUAAAUUUCUCACGAAUCCUGAAUUGAGACACAAUGCUGAAACAUUAGAAGACUUGAAAAGCAGAAGAUAUGGAAAAUUUUGCUAUUCUCCACCCAGUAGAUAUUUAUUUGUAAAUGACAACAUUUUAGAGCUGAAGUCUACUCCUACAAUAUUUUUCAAGGGUAUUGAAGCAGUUUUGAAGAAUGAAAUGGAUGCAAUGAUUGGCAUUCACUUUGGUUUCCUUGUUGGUUUCAAACGCAUGAAGUUGGCGAAAGAUACUUUCAAAAAUUAUUACCUGUCCAAAAAUUUCAUUAGAGAUACUUAUGUAUUAUAUGCUCUUCGCCAUGAUUGGCCGCUCAAUGAAAAAUUUAAUAACUUCAUAAUAUUGCUGGAAGACACUGGAAUUUUACUGAAGCUGAAGAAUGAUUUGGUUUCUGAUCUUGAAUUGCUAUUAAUGCCAAUUGAACUCAAUCCUGAGUUUAAGCCUAUUGAUCUAGAGUCGUUACUGUUUAUUCUCUAUUUUUUGGGAAUUGGGCUCACUACAGCUACUUUUUGUUUCAUACUUGAAAGAUGGCAGACAAAAAAACACAAUUUUUAUUCAUUUAAUAGAAAUCGAGCACAUAUGAUUGAAAAACGAAGAAGGCGAGAAUGUAUUAUUAGUGUUUAAAU